GAAAUAACCAGCGACGACGCUUGCCGCAGCAGCUGAGCGAGCCAGGUCCAGCCAGCUGACAAGCUUUUCCGAAAGACAACAACAAAAGGCGAGCCAACAUGGCUGCCCGUAGCACGGACAAAGAGUGAACCGCUGCGGAAUCGCUGCUUUGUUUUCAGUUCUCUCACCUCUUCCCUUCCGAACCCGUCGUCGCGUAACCGCAGCUGAUGCGGUACUAGAGGAGUCGUGCGUGCACCUCGCAGCAGCAGCAUCAAGCGUGAAAAAGCCUUCGGCGCGCCUUCAUCAUGCUCGAGCUCGACGUCGUUCCCGAGAAGUCGCUAGGCAAUGAAGGCUGGGAGCUGGUUCUCGGCAUGGCAUUUAGCCAGGUGGUCCACAUAUUGCAGCAGCAAUUCCGCAUCAUCAAGGGUGUCCAGAUUAUCUACAAUGAACAGUGCCCACUGGAUAGUGAUCUCGUGAUCCUCCUGUCAGAGGAUGGAAUCCGGCUAAGCUUCGACUCAAGCUCGCAGAGGCUAAAGGUGAUAGAAGUCACCGACAUGUCCAAGGUCAAGUUGACAUAUUGCGGGAGCACUUUCUGCUCGCCCGAGGUAUUGCCCACCAGGCAGCAAAUUGACGACUGCUUCGGCGCCACUCACCCCGGAGAGUUUGAUGCCAGCCAGCAGAUGUUUGUGCUGCACUUCCGGGGUUUAUCCUUCUCGUUCUUGGCUGACCCCAAGUGCAAGUUGGAUGCAGCCCUAGGCUCUUCCCCCACGGGCCAGGUGCCCAAUGGCAGCUCGCCACUGGUGUCCCGCAUGGCCAUCUACUACGGAAACAGCCUCACCGACACCAGGCCUCCCCCCUUGCCCCUGUGCUGUUUCGGCAACCAGAGCUUCCUCGAGGCACUGGAGGUGCUUCGGGAAGGGGACACGACCCUAGGUGUCCGGCUCACACUGCUCACCGAAGCGUACGAGACGUCUCGACUCUCUGGGCCCAUCCAGAAGAAGUUGACACGGUGUGUGUACUUCGGUGACUCCGUUCAGGAUGUCGUGUGGGCCCUGGGCUCCCCGAACAAGGUGUUCUACAAGGAGGAGGACAAGAUGAAGAUCCAUGCCCAGGACUCCCACCGGCUGCUGGCUGCCAGGGCCUCUGACUACUUCUACAACUACUUCACCCUUGGCAUGGAUGUGCUGUUUGAUGCCCAGCGGCACGUGGUGAAGAAGAUAGUCUUGCAGAGCAACUACCCAGGCCACUUCAACUUUCAGCAGUACUACCGGUGCCCAUUUCGGCUGAGGCUGCGCCUCCCUCCGACACCCGAGCAGCGCCGGGCCACCCUGGUGGACGUGGCCGAUGAGGACGAGGGCCACGCGGUCACUGCUUUCACCAAGUGGGACGAGCUUCAAGAGCGCCUGGUCAAGGCAUCCGAGCGCCCCGUUGUUCUGAACAGAACAUCCUCGACAAACACCACCAAUCCAUUUGGGUCUACUUAUUGCUAUGGAUACCAGGACAUCAUCUUCGAGGUGAUGCGGAACAAGCACAUAGCGUCGGUGACGCUCUACCAGCGCAGCGGCCGACUGCACAGGGCCAAGGGCACGGCCUCAUGACAGCGCCUCCCUCUCGCAUCGUCUUUGGCGCACAUCUCCACUAGUCACCACAAUGCCGCUCCUUCUCCGCCGCCCAGCAGCCCGCCUCCCUUCUUCCGUCUCUUGCCACAGCAGCAGCAGCCGCCGUUGUCGUCGUUACGUGAGCCCCCACCCCGUCGCUCCCCUCCGGGACUCUGAGCUCCCGCUGGGUCGUUGUGUGUGUGUGUGGCAUGUUUGUGUGGAUGACAGUGCGAUUUGGUGAAGGGUAGACGGAAGCUCGCGGAAACCCAGGCCAGCGUUUCAUGAAGAGUGAAAGGAGAGCAAGAACCAUGAUGGUGCACAGAUGUUUGGUGUGUAGUAUUAUUAUUUUCAUUUUUUAAUAUUGUAAAUGCCUUCUUUCUUUAACCACAUGUUGGGAGCGUUGCAGUUUGGCUGCUGUGGGUAACGCAAAGUGACGGAUUCUGCUUGUCGUGUUGGAGGAGCUACUGGAAUUCUCGAAGAAGCUUUGCGGAUUUCGUUGGCAUUUUUUCCCAAAUUUCAGGAGCCCAAAUCUGUCAAUGGGAAAUGUUGUGCUCCUCACUGGGUUCACAGUCGAAGUUGCCAUGCACAGUCAACAGAAUGCAUUUGGUUCAAUCUCCUUCCCGACAAUGUCGCGAGAAAUGUGACAAUUUGCUGUGCAGCAAGCCAAUUUGAAAUGACCAGUGAGAAACGUUGGAAUUGGCUCUCCCUUUCUCUCUCUCCACUUUUGUAAACUAAAAAUUUAAUUUUUACCAUGGUAUUGCUCCAAAUUGACUAGUGCAGUUUGCCUCAAGUUUCAAGGACAGCUGUGUGAUGCUGCUUUGUCGCAUAAUGUUUCUCUGCAAAGAACGGGUGCUAGAGGUGCGAGAAGCUUUAAAAUAAGAUAGAAAAAAAAAAAAAAACUUGGCGGUUUCAGGAAGUGCAUACUCGCAUAAGGUGCCGUCAAUGAAGCUCUUAAAUGUUCACAGCAGGACCUAAAAACAGCUUAGUGAGAGUAAAAAGCAGACUAUGUAAGGUUAUGUCUGCAAUGGUGAUGCAAUGUGAAUCUUCCACCGAUUGUUUUGAAAUUCUGUCACAGUCACGAGCCAUGCCCAUCUGUGUGUCGCUGCUCGUAGCGAGUCCUGAACGCUGGAAGCAUGGCACUCCAGUGUUCAGACGUGACUUCGAAAGUGAGACAACAAACACUAUGUGUGCUGAGCUUGUACGAGUUGUGAUGAUAAUAACCUUUAUUAUCCUCUUAUUUUACGCGCAAGGUAAUGUGCCUUGCCUGAGGAACGAAGUACUUUCGUGUGCAGGCAAAGUGGCCUGUACAGAAAAUAGGACAAUUAAAAUUCUUGAAAUGAAAAGAAAAGAAGAAUUGCGAGAAAAUGGAUUUGAAUUUGGCCUCUAGAAAGACAACUAAGACAAAGCAACACAGUUUGUCUAGGAAUUACAGCUUGAGAGCCUACGAAAAAGACAUGUUAUAGUUAUGGGAAAACCACACUACCUAGAGGACAAAUACCUUACAUAGCAUCUGUCACACUAUGUGGUGGCUCAAGAUAUGCGCUUGUUUCUUCUCCUUUUUUAGCACUUGCAUUUUCAAGGUGGGCUAAACAUACUGGUGCUGGCAGCGCGAUACAGCAUACAGAAACGACUGCAGUGCCCCCUGGCCAGCACUGGUUCCCUAUACAGAACAGUGUUGAUUCGAUUGAGAGGGCUCAGGACAGUGUAUCGUGGGCUCCGGCCUGUGCAACUUUGUAACAAAGGCUCCCUGGUUGACAUUAUCAUAUCCUCAGUGCAUUUGUGAGUGCAUGUGAGCUGUCGUUUGAAAGCACCAGGGAGAGCUGAGGCGCAUGCGUUUUCCUUAGCAUGCAGCAUCGUCUAGAGAAGAUCUAUUCUCUGGCCUCAUGGGGAAGAAGGUGGACAAGCAAGCUGUGAGACGAUGCAAUAGAAAUGCUGGGGCAUUGCAAGCAGUCUCUGUGCAAGCGAAACAGAUCCCGAUUAAAAUAUCUAAGGAAAUGAGCUUGCAGGCACGAUUAGUACACAAACAUCCUGGGCUGCAUGGUACAGGACAGACAGUACAAGAAUAGCAUGAAGGGUUAAGCGCAAACUACUGACAGGAGGAUCCUAGCUUCCUGUGUCAGCAUGUCACAGCUCGGGUCAUGUGAUACACAAAAAAACAUUUUAAUUGCAUGGUCAGUUAACAAAACCUUCGCAGAUGUAUGCAAAUCUGAGCGACAGUUGAAGACAGUGAAGCUGUGUAAGGGAGUUCUUAUGCCCUCUGGAAGUCGUAGGGGUCUCGUUUGCCACUGCCCAAAAUCUACCCAAGACUUUGCAAACACUACUACAUCUGAGCUUAGUACUCAUAUACUCUCCUCUGCAUCCGAUUCAUGUUCCUGGAUGCUGUGUACCGACACUGGCAUCCAGCUGCAUGUUGCAACAGCGUUGUAGGGCUGCUUUGGUGGCUGCUCUUUGUGGUAGCCCAUCACUGACGCCAGCAUCUGGUGCACAUUCUCAGUGACGUUAUGGUCAUGGGGCCACUUAGGUGCAUUGGUAGCUGUUCUGGCAUUCGAUAUUGACCAUGCUGCCACACAACACCACCGGCCACGGCCACCAAAGAGAAACUGUUGCAGAACUCCCCUUAACAGCUUCACUGUAAAUAGAAACAUGCAAUUUGAACUUUCACUGUGCCAAGCAGUUAGGAAAUACUAGACCUGAUCGAUGUUUUGGUGAGUCCAUUACACAUUGAUAUGUUCGCAUGUGUUGGCACUAUUGUCCCACAUGGCAUGUCAGCCAGAUGGUGGGGAUAGCUAGCAUGCAGUGUCAACGUCAACACUGAAUGGUGCAUGAUCCAACCCACGUUCAACUCGUACAAGCCACACACACCUGUGAGCGUAGUGUGCCACUAAUACCUCUGUGAGAGUGAGCCGGAAGUUGUUAGGGCGCAAUAAAGCUGAGGCAGGUCCUCGGCAUUAGCCUACCCACGCUGAGAAUGGCAAAGUGCACCAUGCUGCUUUGAGGGAAUGGAUGAGAGCGCGUUGGAAGCGUUGCGUAGAACUGGCACAUUGUCGAGGCUUAUCCGAGGAGCACAUUGAAUGGAAGUUUAAGGUUGAUGGGGUGUGGGCUUGCCAAGGGAUUGUGUGGGUAUGUGUUUGAGCGGCGAUAUCAAAAAGAGAGUUGCUUGUCGCACUACUCGACUCGGGGUCGCCGCGAGGCUGCCUCAUUGUGAUUGUGUCACAUGGCCCUAGCUUUGGUAUACUGGCACAGAGAGCUAGGAUCCUUCAGCUGCUAGUUUGUGCCUAACCUUUUUGCUCUUACCAUACCGUCUGUCUUCUUAUGUGCCAUGCAGCCCAAUGUGUUUGUGUUCAGUAAGCAGUUAGCCCAAACACCUGCUGUGCACAAUUAGCACAGUUAUGACAAACUUUCAAUAGUGGCAGUAGCCGUACUGAAAGGCAAAGCAAAUGCCUUCAUGCAAGUUUGGAAAAUAUUUGUUUAGGAGUACCACAUAAAGAAAGGAGGGUUACAUGCACACGGCUGUUACAAAUGCAGCACCACCUUCGCCAUCCUUGAAACAAACCUUAAUAUUUCAUACUGUGCUUCAUAUUGAGUCAGCUUUUAAUUGGUUGGAGAAAGCUUUCUUCCAGGGAGAGAAUCAUUAAACUCGUACUGCUUCAUUUGGACCACAGCUUCAUACAGGCGCACCGAGUCAUACCAUUAGGCUGCACGUCAGUGCGUCUAGGGAGCAGGACUAUGUUCUGAGAUGCAUUGUUGUGUUCUGACCUGGCGUACAUGGCAUUUCUUCCUGAACGGAUGCGUAACCAGAUGUGAGCUGUAACGUGUGUUUUCUAGAAUUGUUAUUAUUUUACAAGGUUAUCUUGAAAUGUAAUGUAAUUUAUCUCACAGAGAUAGAAAAUUUCUGGAAGAAGUGUGUGCUUUUAUUACUUUAGUAUUAGAGCAUUUUGUUGGUUUAAUUUGCAAGAGUGUUUAUGUUGCUUCGCUGGGCCUUCACUGAUACGGGACAGAAAAUUCCUUUUGAAGGAUAGAGGAUUCUUUUUAAAGCGUGUGCAUUUAUGUGGUGAAGAGAUCUUUAUUACAAGUAGACAAAGUGGAGAGCCAAACUUUCCUUUCAUAAUUCCAUGCCCAUACUGAAGCUCUCAUUAGUGACAUCACAGAUAUUGAUAUAGUAGUACAUAUGUUAGUGGAUUUCGGCCGUUUGUGUGCAGAUGUUUCCAAAGGUUGCCAAGUUUGCUUAUUUUUGAGCACAAUGCACAUAAUCUCUGUUUGUUAAUAUAAUCGGCUACUCCCAAGUAUAUCCUGUCGAGAUCCACGGCAUUAGGAGAGCUGGCUUAGUAAUUUUAAGGGGGGCAGCACCAUUCAUUAUUUCUCACCUAUCAAACCUACAAAUCUGAAUUGACCUAUCUCUUUCAGUUCUCUUGAGGCUGAUGUGGAAGUGAAUUAAUCUUCUCUUAAAACAAAGCGUUAAAAAAAAUGUGGUGGCAUCAAUUGUAUAGCCUGUGAUAUUGGUGAGCAAAGGUGGGUGGCAAGUAGUAGGCUUGUUCUCAGCAUUCACGUCACAUUGUCUGCGGUGUGAUCAAACUGAAACCUUUAAAAAGCUGCUUUGUGUGGGUCCAUUUUAUGAGUGCAGUUGCAUGCAAGAUGAAAAAAUUGCUUGAAUACCUUGAAGUGUCACAGAAGGUGCCAGCUUAGAGCACACUGUUUUGUCCCGAGGCUUGUAUACUAGGCUGAAUGGUGUUGAGCACCCUACUGAAAAGCAGUGGGCUGCAUUUUCAUUCAGUCACUUCAGUGAGAUGCCACAUCGACUGAGGUGCCCAUGUGCAGCGACAGAUUUUCGUUCAUAUCAAGUCGUUGCUUUCCUUUCUGUUGAUGCACUAAACCCCAAUGCCCUGAUUAAUGUUGCAAAAGAUGGGUUUGCUUGUUGGUUAUCGCUGAGAGAAGCAGUGCAGACGUUGCAUGAGGAGAAAAUCACAGAACAGUUGCUGUAUACUUCCACUGUACUUUCAAACCCGUUAGGAAGUGCAUCGCUUUGUGUGUGUCCUGUUUGUGCCUGAACUCCUGUCCUCGUCUGUUCCUGCGUCUACAAAAGUUUUAUUGCCUAAUUGAAAGCCACGAUUGGUGACCACAACAGUUGUCUUGCUAUGCCACCAAUCGCUAUCACAAUGAGGGUGAUCGGACACUGACCAGUAAGUAAGUGCUGCUGCGUGAAAAAGAUUUUGUGCACGUGGACCACGAUUUCAGCUCCGUUUCCUUUGGCUACCCCACAUCUUGUACCACAUUUUUCACGCACCUGUCAUGUCUCUUUGAGAAGUGUCUGAAGAAUGUGUGCACUGCAGAGUAAUUUGUUUGCACCUGUAGUUCGUUGUUGAUCGGAGGCAUCUUUCUCUUCCUCGUAACUGGGUGGAGGGGACCUGAGACGGGGGUUUUAAGGGAAGCAGCUCUGCUGAGAUUGCCCUGUUCUGUUGAAUGAUUCAGGGCAUUGUGUGUGGCAGUGCACUGCUGUGUGCACCAUGGUGAAGCCCAGAUGCAGCAUUAAGGCUGAACGAGCAAAUCUUAUUUAAUCAGCAUAUCAAGAACAGCGGGCACAGGGACGUAGAACUGGCGCACGAGUGCUCCUGUCAUCGGUUUGAUGUUCUUGUAUCCGCUUUCUGUGUUGCGGUGCUGCCUCAACAUGUCGAGCCAACUGGCCCACCAACUCGUGCUGAGACCCUGGGAACAGCGGUGCAGAUGUUGCCAUAACUUUGUCGUGGGUUUUACAUUGCUGGACAUCUUUCCCUCUCAACGUUUCACUUGUGAAGGGGAUGGUAACAUAGGCGCCAUUUUACAAUGUUGCAGGCAGGCUGGUGCAGAAUCCUUGCCAACUUCUUCAUUCCCUGCGUAGGAAUACUUCUGUAAUCAUUAACAAAUCAGUAAUGCUAAAAGCACGAGUUGCCUGUGUUGAUGUAAUACCACAUUUACUCAGUAGUAACGUACCUUCACUUGUAAUGCGCGCAUCCAAUUUUCAUGGCCAGGAGAAAGAAGAAUGUAACUUCCUUAACAGUGAUGUGCAAUCUUUUAUUUCCCCUUCUUCCCAGCUGCCCGGGUUAUGUACAAGGGCACCAUGUUCUUGCGCAUGAAUCACGCGCCUCAGUCGUUUGAAAUCUUGCAGUAAUACGCUUCUGCGGGCACCCACAUAUAUUCACCAGUGACCGUUGCUUGCAUUCAUGUCGCGACAGAAAAUAAAUACACCCCGAUUGGCCACCAACUUCACCCUCAGCCUACUAUGCAGAGCACCACAAGCCCACUCCCUCUACGCUCUGAUUGGCCACUGCCUUCCUCCUCUCCACCUGUGGUGACAGCAGUGACAGUGCCUCCAAAUGAUUAAUGAGUGCCAUCAGAGCAAUUCGACUGUAUCAGCUUGUUAAUUGAAACUCGCUACAUUGAGUGUACACACUAUUAGCCUGCCCAUUUAGCCCACUAGUUCUACAAAGCAUGUCCAGGUCCUUCAGGUGCUUCGGUACAAUAUACACAUUUUUCGCUGCACGAUUUUUGGCACAGCAGUCGUUAUUCGCAGUCCUCGUUGUAGUGACAUCGGUUUGCUGUUUUAGAUGUCAGUAAAAUAAGUGUCGGCAAGACGUGCCUGAUUAUUUUCGAGCAGGCGAGCAUGUUUUCCCUCUGGCAGAAACUCCUAGCCGAGGUGUCGAUAAGAAAAAGAAUUCAGGAAUACAUGCAGCAACUUUCCGCAGCUGCUCAUCGCAGACGGCAAACAGGUGCCAGUAGUGCUUCUUUCAGCACUUUUGCUGGUCUACAACUGCCUUGUGCACCGCAAUCAGGGCUGUCAGCAAAGGGCUUCACCUACAGCUCGCACCACACUACACCACAGACAGUGGGCAGGAUUGUCGCCAAGCUUGUGAAAGACAUCUGUUCGCUGUUAAAAUGCUAUGCGCACAUGUCGAAACUCCCACCGUCAAGUUGUACCACAUGCAUCAUCGUGCUUGCAACAAUGCCAGUGUGUGCACAACGGUACUAUUUUCCAUGCAUCAACAGCGACCACUCCGGGAGAUGGGUCUGACAAUAACACAGAUACUGGAACCUCAUUCUCGCAACGUACUCUAUGUGAAUGUAGUUUUUGUUUUUUCUUUUUAGUUCCAGGGAUGCAGGUGAGCACUACUAUUGAGCAAAUGUGGUAAUGCAAGCUUCCUUGUAUUUGUCUUGUAUACAUACGCUAGGUGUCAGCACCUCUGCCAUUCGAGCGUGCAGAUCUCACAUGUAUUGAUUUGGCUUGGAAGGACAGCACAUUACUCUUAUUGUUAUUUAAAGAUUUAGCACGGUGUAGUUCACAUGCUGUUUAUUGUAAUUGCAUUACUUUCACCUGUGCACCAGUGUUUACCUACAGUGCUGAACAGGAUUUUACUUGGUUUUGUAUCAUAUGACAUGUAUGUGGGAGGGGGAGGGGGGGGGUCAAAUUGUUACUUUUAUUCAACAUGUUUUUCUUUAUUAUUGUGCCGAUUGGGCGUGUAGUCACAGAGGAGUGACGAAUGUGUUUUUACGGCAUGACCAUUUUAUCGGUCUGGACAUAUGGAACUAGUUGGAUUCUUGUACUGUCACUCUCAUGUAACCUUUCACAUUUAAUGCCAUACAGCUCUUUGACGUGUGUCAUUGCUGAUGUCGUAUUUUCAGGCUUCCCACAAGUUUUCGUUGCUUCCAAAGUCUGCUGCGCAGCGCACUGUUAAAGCUCUCUUUAAUACAAUUCUAGCGGUGUGGGGUGAUUUACAUCCGAUGGUAUGUAUCUUCAUGGUGCUUGGGUCAUAUUGAUAAUGGCAUACUACGCUUAAAAUGACAUGUGCCAACAUUGCGUUUUGUGAUAAAAGACAUCCAAUACUGCACUCCGCGAAAUGGAGCUUUGCUUUAUGUUUUGUCACACAAGAAAAAAAAAAGAAGCAUGAUAAUAACUUCUUUAGUGUGCGAGGUUGAUGAACACCUGUGUGUAGUAUUUAAGAGUGCUUGUUUUUAACCAGAACACAACUUUCUGGUGUCUGAACGUUUUAACAGUUGCAAGGCAUAUAUUUGUGCAAAAGCUUUUUGUUUGGUCAAGCUUUAAUAUGGCCGUGCACUGUCUAGUGGCAGUUUUUUUGUUUUUAUUGUUUGGUUUGAUGUAUCGUUUUAGAACUUUGCAUGGACGUAUGUGUCGACAUAGCAACCGUGCCCUGUAUGAAUGAGAAGGCACAUUGCCGUGAUAGAAUGCUGAUGACAUUAGUUACAUUCACAGCUGGUGUCGUGAAUGAGCCGCAUUAUUUUUUUUUCUGUGCCCUUCACCACACCACCUUUUAUUCUCCGCUUGUUCAUGUGGAGUCCUGUGACGUAUGUGCAGGUGUGUCAGUGUGACUGACUUGUAGUUUCUCCUCUUGUGCCAGGUGCAUUGAUGUGUGGCUUCUUUCUUAUGCACACCGUUUGCACUGAGCGAGCCCCCUCAGUAUCGACAGCUGCUUGGUGCAGUACCUAACUUUGCGUCUGUAGAGUAGCUCUCUCUGAGCGCUGAAUGAGUUGUACCACUUGGGGAUGUGUGUGUACUGUUCUGUAACUUUAUUUGUGACUUUAGUGGUGCCUGGCAGGAAGCACGUUGAUACUUUUCCUGUGUUUAGACAUUGAAAAAGAUUAUAUUUUUAGCAUCUUUCAAUGUCCUUGUGUUGAAAUACCGAGCUGUUAAUGCCUCGAGUUACAUGUUUGGCCGGCACGUCAUCUGGACGUGAGGAACAAAUUCAUAUGUGCGUGCCAGAUACUAAGUGGCGACAUUUCCCGGAAGUGUUCCGGUGUUUUUGAUCUGUUUCCUGGUCGUGCGCUGUGUAUUUGUACGUAUUCUGUACUCUGCUGCAUAGCCUGUGACCAGUUGCACUGAAAAGUGACAAAAAAAAGAAGAAAACAAAAAGAAGAAAAAAAACUGUCUGUAAUAAACACUCAUUGGAUAAUCGGGGUCAUUUACUGCGUGUCUCAUACAGCAAGCACACAUGUUUAUUGUUAAAGCCGCACAGAAAUGUGAUAUUUUAUGUGAAAGCAGGUAAGGCCCUUGACAAUCAAAGGUUACUUUUGGUUUACCUACUUAAUUGCCUGUACAGCCUACAGGAAUUUAACCAAAGUAGCCCUGUGUGACAGGCUCACGUGCACACGUACCAUACUUGCUGCUAUGGCAUAGUACCUAGUAUCAACCACAUGCUAACGGGAGUAGCAUAUGUAGAAAGUGUCAGUACACCCUUGCAUACAGCCACCUUCAUAUCCAACCCAAACAAACCUGUUGCUCCUCGU